AAACCCUCGGAGCAAGGAUAAAACCAACAACAAACUCAACCCACGUAUGGCACCAGGCCGAAAUUGAACCCAGGUCACACUGGUGGGAGGCGAGCUCUCUCACCACUGCGCCAUCCCUGCCCCUCGAACUAAUUAUCUACAAAUUAUCUAUAAAAUUAAAAGGGUCGCCAUACGCAUUAUCAGUCGUUAGUCUAAUAGUGGGACUCCCUAAAUUGCAGGGGAUGUUCCUCAGCGCGUUUUGUUGAAAGGCAUUUGGAAGCGUGAGAAAGCCGCGAAAAAAAAGCAUCCUGUCGUACUCCGGGAACUGGUGGAAUGACCUCGUAAUAAUUUGACUUCCGUUUCUCAUGUCUGUUCAGGCUGAAGCUGAAGGAGACCUUUAUGUGGACGAUGGAUACACCUUUGACUACAAGAAUGGCGCUUAUAUCUACAUGAAGUUUUCAUUCCGUGGUGGGCGACUGGUAGCAAAGAAUGCAUCGAAACCCAUCCCUCUUCAGCGUCAGACUGAAGAUUCCGGGAUUUUGUCAUCCAUGUGGAACCUGUUACGAGAGAAACCGAACACCCAGUUCACCACUGCAUCGUGGAUAGAGCGUAUUGUUAUUCUGGGAAUAAGCAAUGCCCCCAGAGGAAUCUUCCUUACAGCUGAUGGUGGUGAGAGCAGGCAUCUCCAGUUCACACACGACUCUUCCACAAACACGAUGACCAUCAAAAAGCCAGCGGUCAAUAUUGCUAAAGAAUGGACCAUCUCUAUGCACGCUUAGAUUAGAUUUCCAUUAAAUUAUCAGCCAUUUUUUUACAUUGUCCAUGUUUUUGGGAGACUGUAAUCACAGGAACAAGACGUAAUUGUCGUCUUUAAUGGUGCACUCACACCAGCCAAGGUGCUAGAAACAUUUUGUAACGGUUUGUUGAAGAUAAAAAAGUAAAGUGAUUUGUACAAAUUGA